GAAUAUGAAUCUAGUCACGUGAUUUACCUUCUCGGUGGUCGCCAUGAUGCACGCAGUACGGUCAGCAUGUGUCGGAGCUCUGAAAGGCUCUAGCAAAGCCUUUUCAUCUCCACUGGCACAAAAAGCAGCUUUAAAUUCAUUACCAUCAUGCCUGUUAGCACAGCGCAAAUAUGCAACACAGCCAGCCAAGGCAACAGUAGCAAAAGGUCAAGUAGUGGCUGUCAUUGGUGCCGUUGUAGAUGUACAAUUCGAAGAUGAAUUACCCCCUAUGUUGAAUGCUUUGGAGGUCCAAAACAGAAGCCCAAGGCUUAUUCUUGAAGUUGCACAACAUUUAGGUGAGAACACUGUAAGAACUAUUGCUAUGGAUGGUACUGAAGGUCUUAUUCGUGGUCAAGUUUGUUUGGACACUGGAAGUCCCAUCUCUAUCCCAGUAGGACCAGCCACUUUAGGUAGAAUCAUCAACGUCAUUGGUGAACCUAUUGAUGAAAGAGGACCUGUACCAACUGACAAAUAUGCUGCUAUCCAUGCUGAAGCACCAGAAUUCACAGAAAUGAGUGUACAACAGCAGGUGUUGGAAACUGGAAUCAAAGUUGUAGAUCUUCUUGCUCCCUACGCCAAGGGAGGUAAAAUUGGUCUGUUCGGUGGUGCCGGUGUAGGUAAAACUGUACUGAUUAUGGAACUGAUUAACAAUAUUGCCAAAGCUCACGGUGGUUACUCUGUGUUUGCUGGUGUAGGAGAAAGAACUCGUGAGGGUAACGAUUUGUACCACGAAAUGAUCACAUCCAAGGUCAUCAGUUUGACUGAUGAUACAUCAAAGGUAGCCCUUGUGUACGGUCAGAUGAAUGAGCCCCCAGGAGCUCGUGCCCGUGUUGCCUUGACCGGUUUGACAGUAGCCGAAUAUUUCCGUGACCAGGAAGGCCAGGAUGUGUUGCUCUUCAUUGACAACAUUUUCAGAUUCACACAAGCUGGUUCAGAGGUAUCAGCUUUGUUGGGUCGUAUCCCAUCAGCUGUAGGUUACCAGCCAACACUAGCCACUGACAUGGGUACUAUGCAGGAAAGAAUUACAACAACAAAGAAAGGUUCCAUCACAUCAGUACAGGCUAUCUAUGUGCCAGCUGACGAUUUGACAGAUCCUGCCCCAGCCACCACAUUCGCUCACUUGGACGCCACAACUGUAUUGUCUCGUGGUGUUGCUGAGUUGGGUUUCUACCCAGCUGUAGAUCCCCUUGACUCCACCUCUCGUAUCUUGGACAGAAAUGUGGUAGGAGAAGAACAUUACGGUGUAGCUCGUGAUGUACAAAAGGUUUUACAGGACUACAAAUCACUACAAGAUAUCAUUGCUAUCUUGGGUAUGGAUGAAUUGUCAGAGGAAGAUAAAUUGACAGUAGCCAGAGCACGUAAAAUGCAGAGAUUCCUCUCCCAACCUUUCCAGGUGGCCGAGGUCUUCACAGGCUCCGAGGGCAAAUAUGUACCACUCAAAGAAACCAUCGUAGGAUUCCAGAAGAUCUUAGGAGGUGAAUUGGAUCAUGUACCAGAAGUUGCUUUCUACAUGGUAGGAAAUAUUGAAGAAGUCUUACAGAAAGCCGACAGACUUGCUGACGAGAAGAAGUGAUCAUAAGACAUUAACUAGAAAUUAUGUGCUAUUAUAUUUCAACAUACUAGGUUUAAAAUAAACACUUUGUUUUGAUGAAAGAUAACUUAUUGAAAGUGAUAUUUGAAAUUACUCUUGGGAGUUGUUUUGUAUAAUUAGUUCUAGCCACACAGCAUGGGUAUGUUUAUCAAAGAAUGGGACCCCUCGAGAACAAUUCUGAACAACAGUUUAUAGUGUUUUAAGUGUGCAUGUUGGAAAAUAUCUUGUGCUAGUGGUGAUGAAUUAAAAAAAAUAUAAAAAACGA